AUGGUGACGGUGAAUCUGGGGAUGCUGCAUUAUGUAUUAGAUCAUGUUUAUGGAGCAUUCAUGCAUAGAACUAAGAUCAGCACUCCGUUUUUCUCAAGAGGAUGGGGUGGUACAAAACUAGAUAUGUUAGAGAAGAUGAUCAACCAGUUGUUCCCUGAUUUGGUUGCACAGAAUUGGCCUCCCGUUCAGAUUCAACCCGUUUGGAAAACUGUUUGGGAGACUAGAACGGCUUGUUUGAGAGAAGGGGUUUUUAGAACACCUUGUCAGGAGCAGCUUCUUGGUGCAUUGCCACCUGAGAGUCACAUUGCAAGGGUUGCUUUUCUCAUGCCUAAGUCUGUUCCGACUCAUAGAAUGUCUUGUGUUGUUCAUCUUGCAGGAACUGGUGACCAUACAUUUGAAAGAAGACUGCGUCUUGGCGCUCCAUUGGUGAAGGAAAAUAUCGCAACCAUGGUGCUUGAGAGUCCAUUCUAUGGACAAAGACGUCCUAUGCUACAGCGCGGUGCAAAACUUUUGUGUGUUAGUGACUUGCUUUUAUUAGGAAGAGCAACAAUUGAAGAGGCGCGCUGUCUCUUACACUGGUUGGACUCUGAGGCAGGUUUUGGCAAAAUGGGUGUCUGCGGUCUUAGUAUGGGAGGAGUACAUGCUGCAAUGGUUGGAUCACUUCACCCUACACCUGUUGCAACACUCCCUUUUCUCUCACCACAUUCGGCGGUUGUAGCAUUCUGUGAGGGGAUUUUAAAGCACGGCACAGCAUGGGAAGCACUGAGAGAUGACCUUGCAACCGAGAAAGUUGCAUUGACUCUCGAGGAGGUGAGAGAACGAAUGAGAAAUGUGCUGUCACUCACAGAUGUCACACGCUUUCCAGUUCCUAAAAACCCCGAUGCUGUAAUCCUUGUCUCUGCCACUGAUGACGGAUACAUUCCGAAACACUCGGUCCUAGAACUGCAGAAAGCCUGGCCAGGUUCUGAAGUAAGAUGGGUCACAGGCGGCCACGUCUCGUCCUUCCUUCUCCAUAAUGACGAGUUUCGAAGAGCCAUUGUUGACGGCCUUGAUAGAUUACCAUGGAAAGAAUCUCCAUUGUAA